UUGUAAACUUCCGUUGAAUAUUUUUGUAUCAUGAUCAUGAUGAUGAGAUCCAUUGUGGACGUCCAAGAAUCAUGAGGAAAAAAAGUCUUUUUGAAUGUUCCUUAUGAAAUGUCAAGAGUAGCCCUUUAAUUAUUUAACGUUAGGCUCACACGAGUUUAGCAAUUACACGUGAGAUAUGGAUAAAUACACCAAAAUGAGACAGAUUGGAGAGGGCGCGUUUGGGAAGGCCAUUUUAGUUAGAAAAAAGAAUGACGGCAAGCAAUAUGUUAUAAAAGAAAUUAAUAUACGAAAGAUGAGCCCUAAAGAAAGACAGGAUUCCAAAAAAGAAGUUGCUGUGCUGGCCCAGUUGAACCACCCGAACAUUGUGACAUACAGAGAAUCAUUUGAAGAAAUUGGAAGCCUUUACAUUGUCAUGGAUUUUUGUGAAAAAGGUGAUUUGUAUGGUAAAAUCAACAGCCAGCGUGGUAUUCUAUUUCCAGAGGAACAGGUGAUGGACUGGUUUGUUCAGAUCUGUCUAGCAAUAAAGCACAUUCAUGACCGAAAAAUUCUACACAGGGACAUCAAGUCACAGAACAUCUUUUUGUCAGCUGAUGGUUCAGUGAGACUGGGAGAUUUUGGAAUUGCUAAAGUCCUGGGCAGCACUGUAGAGCUAGCCAGAACCUGUAUAGGAACCCCUUACUACCUGUCUCCAGAAAUAGUAGAGAACCGGCCAUACAACAACAAGAGUGAUAUUUGGUCCCUAGGGUGUGUACUGUAUGAAAUGGCAACACUGAAGCAUGCUUUUGAAGCUGGAAAUAUGAAGAAUUUAGUAUUAAAGAUAAUCAGGGGCUCAUACCCACCGAUUUCUCCCAAGUACAGCUAUGAUCUAAGGGGACUCAUUGCUCAACUCUUCAAACGGGCCCCCAAGGAAAGACCAUCCAUAAACUCCAUUUUAAAAAAGCCAUUUAUUCAGAAGAAAGUUUCUAAGUUUCUCCCAGAGCAUCUGAUUGCUGAUGAGUUCAGCCACACUGUAAUGCAUGGACAGAAACUGGCGAGAGAAUUACCCCCACCCCCAAGGGUCUCAAAGCCCCCAGCACCAAGGAAGGCCACACCAGCUAAACCUGUCCAGAAGUACAACCCUGCCAGUAUAUAUGGAGCACCAAUAGUUAGGAAGUCCCAGGAAAAAAACAGACAAUCAGCAGAAAAGAAGCGCCCCGGUAGUGCAGGCCCCUCCCGUCCAGGAAGUGCAGGCCCCUCCCGACCAGGGAGUGCUGCAAGCCGCCCUGGAAGUGCCCAGGGCAUGAGGCCCUCCAACAGUAACCAGGAUUUAAGAAAGAAAAGACAAGAACUCAUGGAUAAAGAAAAGAAAAGACAAGAAGAAAAGAUUGCUGCAGAGAAAUGCCAUAAAGAUCUCAUUGAAAAACAGAAAAUGGCCCGCAUCAAUAAAGCCAGAGAGGAGGGAUGGAGAAAUCUGAUGGGUUCUGAUGAUGGGGAUAAGAAAGACAGGAAUGGGGUCAAAGAGCAGCCCAAGGAACAGGUCAGGUGGCCUCCCCCCAAUCAGCCAACAGGAGAUAAGGAGCGAGGGAAGUACGACAAGUAUCAUGCUUACUUGGACAAACUCCAGAUGGACCGAGAUCAGAGACUCAAUAACCCACAGCCAGCUGCUAACAAUGCCGCGGCCUAUAUGGCUGCUCCCAGGGUGGCAGAUCCUUCAAAAGGAAUCCCCAACUGGAAGCGACCUGGAGUUCCCGAACCAACCCCAGUCUACCAGCCAAAUAGGAAUGCAGGUGUUAAUGAUGCAAAAGCUGAAAGGGCAAAGAUUGUGGAGGACUUUGUACAGAGAAAGAGAGAGGCAGCCCUGAACAAACAUAGGGGACAGGCUGAUAUAUUUGGAAAUGCCCGAUCUUAUGACCCCACUCCCCAGCAGAGUCCCAAUAAUGACCAACGACCAGGAUCAGCCAGGAAUAGGGAGGAGCAGGAUUAUAUAGAAAAGCUGAGGCAGAUAAGGCAACAGAAUUACCAAGAGAGACGCAAUGUGAUGGGCAAAAAUAAGAACGAGGAAGCUCAAGAACAAGCCAGGAAAGAUGCUGAGGCGAGGAGGAAGAAGAUAGAGGCUCUCAGGCAACAAGCAGAUGAUAGAGCUCAGAUGUUACGGGAGCAGCUAGAAAAAGACAGGAGAGAGCUGUUUGAGAAGGAGAAGCGCCUGAGACAGCUGGGCGGAGCAGCCCCUGAUAAAGCAAAGCAAGGAAGGCCCCUCCCUGUGCCCCCUAAACCUCAGGUGACCCCGGCCCCUGCUGUGUCCAUGACUGGAGUUCUUAAUGCGAUCGGAGCGGAACCUCCCAAACCUGUCGCCAUGGAACCAGCCAGUCCAACAGGAUUUACCAGUGUUCUUAGUGCCAUAGGUGCCAAGCCAGCAGACAGCAAGGAAGAAAGCGCAAAGAGUCCAGACCAGCUGAAAAAAGAUGAAAUUUUAAAGAAGUUGAAUGAAAAGGGAGCACCCAAAGGCAAGUGGGGUAAGGCAGAGAAGCCAGAAAUAGCAGAGGAAGCCUCACCCCCAGAGUCUGCCAGAUCUCAGUGGGGUCAGGGAGAUGGCGUCAGUUUCUCCAACCUUCCCCUGGAACAGACAGCCUCUCAGAUGGAAGCAACCUCUGCCAGUGAUCAAGUUGUCAAACACCCCGUCUCGGAGGGAGGGGACACUAAGCCUAAGCCCCCAGAGAAGAAGAAAUGGGGAGGACCCAGUGACACAUUGUUGAGCAAUCUGGAGAAGAAGCUAGGAGAGGGAGCAGGCAGUGGGGAGGGGAGCAGCAAGCCCUCGGUCCCAGAAAAAAAGAAGUGGGCGGGGCCCAGUGAUACACUGCUCAAUGCUUUAGCACAGAAGUCUGUGGUCUCAGGAACACUGUCUGGGGAAUCCAGUGUGUCCAGUCCAGAGGCCUCCUCCCCCACCCCACCCUCUGUGUCGGCCACCAUCACAAUCUCCAAACCUCCAGUGGUCCCCAUCAGGCAGGGCACCAUCACCCUCAGCAAGGAUGGCCCACCCAAAGAAGGGACAGCUAUAGGUGCCACCAUUACUGUUGAUAAACCGGUCAUAGUAACAGGGCAGCUUCCAAAUCUAGAGGAGAAGGCUGAUUCAUCCAAUACAGAUUCUGAAAACAAAACAACCAAACAGGAAACUGACCAAUCAGAUGACAAGGAAAAUUCAAAUUUUAAGACUGAUAAAGUAGAUGAUCAGCCUAAAUGUGUUGCUAAACCUCCGCUUCCAUCCAAACCUGUUGUUUUGCCUAAGCCAGUGAAAUUAUCCAAACCAGACACCCCUAAGCAGUUUGACUCUGACAGUGUUCCUCAAGCGAGUAAAACAGAGGGUGCUGGAAGCUUGUUCACAAAACCUGACUCUGAAGAUAAAACAGAGGAAAAAGAGGAAUCAAAAGAUAGCAAACCUAAGAAUAUUUCUUUGAGCAAAACUCAAAACUCUGGUGUCAUUCUUGGGAUUACAUGUGGACAGUUUGACAUUGGAAAUGCUCAGAUGCUGCGUACCUGCUCUGAGCCUGAUCUUGCCAAGUUGAAACGGACUAAUGCAGUCAAGCGAACCAGGAAACAAAGCCUUGACCUGGAGAAGUUGAAGAAUGAGGACGAGGAGCUGGUAGAGUGUCUGUUAGCUAACGUCAGCCUGGAGGAUAAAGACAGUGAGGACAACAGUCCUCAGGAGGAGCCUAUCAGUCCCCUCAACCUCGAGGAGCAGCAGGAGGAGGAGGGGGAGGAAGACAAUGAAAAUGAUGAUGAUGAAGAUGAUGAGGAUUUGAUGAGUGUUAGAGAGACCAUGCAGAGUUUACUACUGAGGGAAUACAGCACAGAUGAUGAAAAGAGGAAAUCUUCUACAUUGAACAUGACAGGAAGUAAAGAAGAUGACAUUAAUGAAAGUGAAGACGCAAACAGUAAUAACGGUGAUGAAGAUAAUAAUGGGGAAGAUGAGGAAGAUAAUGAGGACAAAGAGAAUGGUGAGGAGGAGACUGGUGAAGGGGAGGAGACAGGUGAAGGGGAGGAGACUGAGGACCCCAUGGACAGCGAGAACCAAUCAGAGAACACUGAGGACCUGUUCCAGUCAGAUGAGAGUGAUCGAGACACCCAGUUUGGAGACGAUGAGGAAGACUAUGAUUUGUUCAGCCGAUUGGAGGAGUCCCGAGCUGAGCUGGAGGGGGAACUAGGAUGUGACAGAUUCUUGAAGGUCUACAAAACUGUUCAGGCUCUUCAAGAAGAUGAGGAUGAGAACAUAGAGGAGGGGGCCAAACUGGUGACCAACAUUCUGGCAAGGAAAAGGAGCACCUGUACCCCAAGAUCUUUCAGCUGGUCAUGGCCGACGCCGCCUUCACUGAAGAACAAAACCAAAGUAAUUGAUCUAGAUAUGGUCGGAGUUCCAUGGUUCCUGUUUUCAUUGAUGGAGGAAUAUACAUGAAGUGUAAACCCCCACUGAUUGUGUGAUGUCAUAUUGACAUUUGUAUGUAUGAAAGAUAAACAUGAAAAAUGUUCAUUUUAAAAUUUCCAUUGACUGUAUGCAAGACUUAUUACCAGUAUAUCUCAUCAAGGAUAUGAAGCAAGGUGAACACAUAUUUAUUAUGUCUCAAUUGGAUUACAUUUCUAAAUUAUGAAUGGAUUGAGAAUAGUAGGAAUACAUGUACAGAACUAACACAUGGCAUGAGUUGUAGGAUCAGUUCACCUGUGAUGUUCUCAGUAUUUGAUAGUACAUUCAGAGAAAGCUUUAUAAUGCUCUAGCUCCCAGCUUACAGUGCAAUGAUUAGCUUACUAGCCUAUAUACAUGUACACCCCUGUGUGUAUCCAAGUACUGUGUGGUCCCACUUUGGAUGUAUCCUGUCCUGUGCCUGCUGUUAUAUUUCCAUUAUCUUCUUUAUCUGUUCCUAGUCAAACUCUAUAUUUGGCUACAUAAUUAAUAUUUGAUUUUUUUGCCCUUCACGUUUUGUUUGCUGUUUGCUAUUUUUUUUUUUUUUUACUUUUACAUUUUAUUUUUGAUUUUUCUUUUGAUAUCCCCUUGUGACUUUUUAUUCCCACCCAUUAAUCUAAAGAGUAGAUGUAGUUGAACAAUUGAUUUAUUGUUAUUUAAUUCUGUGAUUUGGCAUACAAUUCCAUAUGAUUUAUUUAAUUUAUAGCGAUUGCAUUAUAGACUUGAUUCCAUCCAGUAUAAUUUAUACUUCUGUGUGUUAGUUUGCAGUAGUGCUGCCUAUGUAUGGUAUUUUAUUGGAAAACUCCGUCCCUACAUCUGGAAACUUUUUUUUCGUUGGUUGUGCAUGUUGUAAGUCUACAAUUGUUACAUGGUUGUACAUGGUUGUGUCAACACGUAUGGAGUUAUCAACAGUAUUCCUAUAAUUAUAUGUACAUGUAUAUGAUAAACUGUAAAUGAUUUGCUUUACAUUUUUUGGGGCAUUUUUUUUUUCAAAUAUGUUACAAAGCAAGUAAAAGUAAAUUAAAAGAAGUAAAUGAACCCCCAAAUGCUAUAUGUGGUUAUACUGUUAAUACAUGUGCAAGGCAAGGUGUUUGAAUGAUGAGUUUAUGCUAGUGGAAGGGAGUAGUAUUCACAGUAAUAUGUUCUCUUCUCCUUAGUAUUGCCUUGUGUGUUGCUUCACUGGACAGCUGAUAUUUCAUUACACGUAAAAAAUUUAAUUGUGAUUAUUUUGAAACUAUACAUGAAACAAUGAACUUUUUGAAAUUCACUUUAUAAUUUUUUUCAUGACAUUAAUGAAUCAAUGUGUAUUUUAUUUCCAAUUAUAAGACUUUUCAUAAAAAUUCCGUUUGUUGA